GAAUGGAGACUGGUGAUGUUCCAGGAGGAGGUCGGUUCUCCUGCGGUGAGCUCCGGUAAAGGUAACGACGGGAGCUGGACAUGUGUCCGGUCGUUGUGUUGCGAUCAGCUGGUCGCUGUUAGCUGAUCCUCAGGCCCGAUGCAGGUUAACAGAGCGUCUUCUCGUCUGUUUCGGUUGGCUGAUUUGAAUAGAGAGCGAUGGCCGGUCCAGAGCUCUUAUUGGACUCGAGUAUUCGACUGUGGGUCGUUCUGCCCAUCGUCUUCAUCACCUUCUUUGUCGGGAUCAUCCGUCACUACGUCACCCAGCUGCUCCAAAGCGACAAAAAGGUCGACCUGGAGCAGGUCUCUGACAGUCAGGUGCUCCUGCGCAGCCGCAUCCUCAGAGAGAAUGGAAAGUACAUUCCCCGACAGUCUUUCGCCAUGAGGAAACAUUACUUCAACGACGCAGAGACCGGCUUCUUCAAGACGGUCAAGAGGAAGGUCGUCCCUAAGAACCCCAUGACAGACACCAGCAUGUUGACGGACAUGAUGAAAGGAAACCUGACCAACGUCCUGCCCAUGAUUGUGAUCGGUGGAUGGAUAAACUGGGCUUUCUCUGGGUUCGUCAUAACCAAGGUGCCGUUUCCUCUGACCCUGAGGUUCAAGCCGAUGUUACAGAGAGGGAUCGACCUGCUGUCGCUGGACGCUUCCUGGGUGAGUUCGGCCUCCUGGUACUUCCUGAAUGUGUUUGGACUGAGGAGCAUGUACAGCCUCAUACUGGGACAAGACAACGCUGCUGACCAAUCGCGGGUCAUGCAGGAGCAGAUGACGGGUGCUGCCAUGGCGAUGCCCCCCGACCCCAACAAGGCUUUCAAGAGCGAGUGGGAGGCGCUGGAGAUCGUGGAACACAAGUGGGCGCUGGAGAACGUGGAGGAGGAGCUGAUUUCCCGAGAUCUGAACUUUGGAAACCUCUUCAGCCAGGACGCCAAGUCCGCCAUGUUCUAGGACAGCGAGGACCUCUUUACCACAGAAUCUGUUCUGAAGACUCGGAGAACACGGGUCACGCUGGUUGUGUGGGGAAAAAAAGCUCUGAAGGUUCUGGAACACAGUCGACACAAACUGUAGAAUUAAGUAAAUUAUUCUUGUUUUAAUCAGUCCUAGCUACCUCAGGCACUUCAGUCACUUUCUGUCUUUUUGAGCCUCCAGACAAAGUGUGUAAAAGUUAUGCAGGACAAAGUGCCUUCAGAAAAUUAAACAACUGAACAAAUAUAUAUAUAUGUAUUUUCAAUAAUCCCAUGAACGAUGCAGUACUUCUUGUUUGUUGAGCAUUUUCACCCCCAAAACAACAACAUCUUCAAUAGACCCCUUUUUUAGCCAUUUAUUUGCUUUCCAAAGAGUCAUCAUUACAAAAUUAGAUUUUUGGCUCCACUGUCUUUACACUUCAUGUAAAUUAGUUUGGUAUUUUUUGUGUAAUCCUGCUAAAAGACCAAGACAAAUUAAUUCAGAUGAAAACAUAACCUCUUGUGUUGGUGUAAAAAAAAACUCUACGUGCAAUGAGUCAACAUCUCUGUGUCAAAUUCUAAUCAUGUUUCACAUUAUAUUAUAUUAUAUUAUAUUUGUAGUGCAGUUUUUGUGUGUUCAGUGUUCCAGAAUAGAAAUCGAAGUGUUUUAAAUCCUACUCGCUCUUCAUCGCAAAGGAGACGAGUUUCAGAACCGAUCCCAGAUGUUCCAGAUCACCAGUCUUGUUGGAGCGAACCAGCAGAUUCUUGCUCCAGGUCUCUUGAGUCGCGUCCGACUGAAUCCUCUCAGGAAGACGUUUACUUCCGAGCGCGACGCAGGGAGCGAGACUUAGCGUUUGAAAGACGACCGGGACGAUUUCGAGAUUAAAAUGAAGUCCAGGCGUUCACGUUUUCAUCCUGCGGAACAUUUUGCAUGUACGUUUCUACCGUGUGCUCGUCCUGCUGAGGGCGUCGUCGUCCACAGCAACUUGAAGUGAGCUCAGCAGUUUAAAUAAAAGGUGCCAAUCACAA